AUGGGUAAAGCAAAGAAAACCAGAAAGUUCGCCACUGUCAAGCGAUUGCUUAAUCCCAAUGACAUCCGGCUGAAACCGCACAACACCGCUCUCGUUCCUCCAUACCGCGUACUCAUCGACACCAAUUUUAUUAAUUUCAGUCUUCAAAACAAGCUGGAACUUGUGAGCGGGAUGAUGGAUUGCCUCUACGCAAAAUGCAUACCAUGCGUGACUGACUGUGUCAUGGCUGAGCUGGAAAAACUGGGGCACCGAUACCGAGUGGCUCUCCGAGUGGCUCGCGAUACCAGAUUCGAGCGUUUGCGGUGUUCGCACACUGGCACCUACGCCGACGAUUGCUUAGUUCAAAGGGUAACGGCUCACAAGUGUUACAUCGUUGCAACCUGUGAUCGGGAGCUCCGUCGACGGAUACGACAAAUACCUGGCGUACCACUCAUGUAUAUCGUAAAGCGACGAUACGCAAUUGAGCGCCUACCAGACCAAGGCGCUCCAAGCUGA